GGCAGAAGGGGAGGUUGAGUGAAAAAUCUGGAACAGAGUGAAGAACAAUUCCUGUGCCUUAAAAACCAGUCAGGAUUUGUCGUUCUCCGAUCUCCAGUGGACAGCAGACCUGGCGUGAGGAGACCCGCUGUGUGCCACUUCUGCUGUAACCAGUCCCUUUAUCUACUCACAGUCAUGGGUCAGAUGUUCUCUAAAACACCUAAUGAACAGGACCAAGGCUUGGCGUCCAGCUUUGUUUCCUAUUUUAAGAAUUUCAAGAUGGAAACCAAAAUCCUCUCUCCAGAGGCCAUCCGUUCCAUCAAGGACCAUCUGCUCAAUGGAGACAUGCAGAGGGCAAACGCUGUGAUCACUGCUGUGCUAAAGGACAUUGACAACUCGCCACUUAACAUCGCUGUGACCGGGGGGUCAGGAGCAGGAAAGUCCAGUUUCAUCAAUGCCUUGAGAGGGAUUGGUCAUGAAGAGGAGGGGGCGGCUCCAACUGGGGCCCAGGAAACAACUAUGGAAAGAAAGAAAUACGAAUACGCAAAUGCCCCCAAUGUAACUCUGUGGGAUCUACCUGGCAUAGGAACCCCGAACUUUCAGCCAAAAGAUUAUCUGGAAAAAGUAAAAUUUAAAGAGUAUGACUUCUUCCUUAUUGUUUCUGCUACACGCUUUGGGAUCAAUGAUAUAGAACUUGCCAAAGCAAUCAAAUUUAUGAAGAAGGACUUCUAUUUUGUGAGAAGCAAAGUGGACUCUGAUUUAAUGAAUGAACAGAGAUCCAAACCAAAAAGCUUUGAACGAGAAAAAGUCCUGCAGGGAAUCCGAAACUACUGUGUGGAAACUUUUGAGCAGAAUGGAGUCGAGGUUCCCGAAAUCUUUUUAAUCUCCAGUCAUGAUUUAGCUGAUUAUGAUUUUCCAAUUCUGACAGACACCCUGUUAAGGAACCUUCCUGCUCAAAAGCGCCAGGUUUUUCUGAAUUCCUUGCCUAAUAUCACUGAGACAACCAUUGAAAUGAAGAGGGAGACCGAGAGGCAGCAUAUCUGGCUAGAAGCCUUCAAGGCUGGGGCACUGGCCACCUUUCCAGUAGUGGGCAUUGUAAGGGAUGAUGAGAGAAAUCUGGAGGAUAGAUUAAACCGCUAUCGAACAUGUUUUGGAGUGGAUGAUAAAUCUCUACAAAGUUUUGCUGAUAAUUUGAAAGUACCUGUGGAGACACUCAUGACAAUCAUUCAAUCUCCACAUUUGUUGAAAACUACAAAGGAAGAACAAUUAGGGGAAAAACUUUUGAAAUACUUGGAAAUAUUCUGCUCAAUUAAUGGUGGUCUCCUCGCUUCAGGGCUUUACUUUAGAAAAUAUCAUUGCUUGCUACUUCAUUUUCUUGACAUAGUAUCUAAUGAUGCUAAAGUUCUCCUUAAAGAAACAUAUUCUAAAGACCAUCAAAAUCCCACUGCAUCCACAACUGCUGGACCCCUAGUGACCACAGCCAGAGUCAGUUAGAUAAGCUCUCUCUUCUUGUCUUUUCUUUGGUGGUUGUGCUCAUGGUGGGUCUUGAACUCAGUGUCUGGGCAGCUGUCCCUGAGCUCUUUUUUGC